GUUUCAGAGAUCAGAAAUCGCCAGAAUGAGAGGUCCGAAAACCGCUGCGAUUGCUCACAAGAAGCCUGACGUUGAGAUUUUGAAGAAGAGCAAGGCCGGAGCGACCAAAACGAAGAAGGAGAAGGCCAGCAAGAAGAACUCCGAUGCUCCGAAGCGUCCUGCCAGUGCUUUUUUCGUCUUCAUGGAGGAGUUCAGAAAGUCUUACAAGGAGAACUAUCCGGAUGUGAAAUCUGUUGCAGUUGUAGGGAAAGCUGGUGGAGAGAAAUGGAAAUCAAUGUCUGAUGCUGACAAGGCUCCGUACGUUGAAAAAGCUUCGAAGAGGAAAGCAGAGUAUGAGAAAGCUCUGGAAGCGUAUAAAAAGCUGCAUGGAAAUGGAGGCGACGAGAAGCCAGAGGAAUCUGAGAAAUCAGGCUCAGAGGUCCAUGAAGGAUCAGGAGACUCGGGAGAGAACAAUAGCUAUUAG